AUGGGCAUCAACCCUGACAUCUUGGCUCACCAGCCCGUCAACAGAGACUUGGUUUGUUUGAUUUGUCUGGAAGUUUUGCACAAGCCAACGACCGUUUGUGGAAAUGGCCAUUGUUUUUGCUUGGAUUGCAUCAAGCUUUGGGAAGGGUCAAGACGACGUGCCUGCCCUACUUGCAAUCAACCAAUGAUGCGGCAAAAACCUCUGAACCGCAUCCUCCAAUCGGUCAUCAUGGAUCUACAAGUGCGGUGCCCAGAGAAGUAUGCCUUGACAGAAUCUACUGGUGACUCAGCCAGCGUGGAAUGUCCGUUGCAGUGCUCAUGGAUUGGACCCUUGUCGAGCUAUCUCGAAAAACACAAACAUGAUUGUUACUUCAAGAAGACGGAAAGCUGCCCCUUAUGCAAGCGACAAGUCCAAUGGACACAGUUCUCCAACCACAUCGAAAAAGAAUGCCCCGUGGCGCGCAACCAAAAAGGCGGCCCAAGCCGUGCCACUGAAUCGUCUUCUCGCUCCUUUGCACAAGGCAUUCUUAUUGUUGGAGGCGUGUUCGUCUUGUCUCUUUUGUUUGUCCGAGGAAAUUAA